AUGGCUAUUUGGUUCAUCACCCUCACCCUUCUCUUCUCCUCACUCACAGCAGCCACAAACUCCGAUUUCUUUGAAUACAUAUCUCCCAAUUCUCUGGGUCUGCAAAAGGAGAAGCUGCUCCACCUUCACUUCUUCUUGCAUGACAAUACAAGCGGGCCCAAGCCCACCGCAGUGCAAAUUGCUGAGGCCCAAACGACCAACACUUCCUCCACGUUUUUCGGAUUCCUGGCGAUAGCCGACGACCCGUUGACCGUUGCGGCGGAUCCCGGGUCGAAGGUGGUCGGAAAGGGACAAGGCCUGUACGGGUUUUCAGACCAGAAUGAGGUUGCAGUAGUCAUGCUCUUCAACUUCGUGUUCACGGAAGGGAAAUUCAAUGGCAGCACUCUGAACUUGUUGGGUCGGAAUUUGAUAUUCAACCAGGAAAGGGAAUUGGCCAUUGUUGGCGGGACUGGGGUUUUCAAGUUCUCACGUGGCUAUGCGGAUCUGAAGACGUAUAGUCUUGAUAACAAAACAGGGAACGCUGUUGUGGAGUACAACAUCUACGCCUUCCAGUAUUAUUGA